AUGAAUAACAAUAAUCAUAAAUCUUCCAUUAGAAAAUCUUCAUCACUUAGUUCCUUAAAUCAACGAACUACAUUUGAUAAUUCAAUUUUAACAUCAACAAAAAAUUUGGAAUUUAUCCUACCGAAUUAUAAUAAAGACGACCGUCGUAAAUCAAUAAUGGCUACACCUUAUCGAUCAAAAAAUAUACAAGGAUUUAAUAUAAUGAAUAAUUUAAGAAUUUCUCGUAAUUUAUAUUUUGAAGCUAUUCCACUUCUAGUUGAAGGUGAUGCUAAACGUAAAUACAUUAAAAAUCGUAAGCAAAUUCUAUCUUUUGAUGACUUUUAUGAAUUUCUUUUGUUACAAUUUGAUAUAAUUGAUACGUCCAUAUCUUCAUCAAAUCUACCUGAAGUAGUCAAUAAUGAUUUUUCUAAACCAUAUUCAUCAAUUUCAAAUAAAACUAUUGAUAAUCAAACUGAAAAUACAACAUAUUUUUCCGAUACUAUUAAUAUUUCACGUCAAACACCUACAUUUAAUUCAACUGCUAAGGUUGAUUUUGGUGUCAUCAAUAUCAUUGGUGAGACAUCAGACAUAAAAUCAACAAUGAAUAAUUCUAGUUCUUCGAUAAUUUUGCUUGAUGAAACAAUUAGUGAUCUUCGUAGAACUAUUGUAGGAGAUUUGAUAAAAAAUCAGAAAGUAUUUAAAAGUGGCAAAGAUGAUGUAAGAAAAUGA